AUGGCAAAGAGAGUCACCACCAAGUGCAAUCUUUCUCUGAAUCUGGGCCUUUUCGUGCUGCUGAAUUUUCUGGGGACCGCGAUGCUAGAAGGGACAGACUCUCUAAGUUGUACCUUCACUGUCAAGUACAGAUCCUCACCUGGACAGUGCUCAGUGAAUGGAAAGCCUCUCCUUCGUUUGAUGAUGAAAGACAGAACUCACCUGUGGGUAAACCUGAAAAAGGGAAAUGCCACUAAGGUGUGUGCUGAUUUGAACCAAAGCCUGAAAGACAUUUUUCAGAAGAUGAUGAACCUGAGUCAGGGUAAUCACACCUUGCAGGUCACUGUACAAUCUCAAUAUAAUCAAGGAGAAUUCAUGGAUGGACGCUGGGCCUUCACAAUUGAUAGACAGUAUCCCUUCUACUUUUAUCCAAAAAACCUGACCUGGAGAGAGAGUCAUCCUGAUGCCUGCAGGACCGUGAGUCAAUGGCAGAAUAACAGGGAAGUAGCCCAGAGUCUCAGGACGUGCUCCAUGGGGGAUUUCAGCCAGUGUCUCAGGAAAUUGUUGACAGACUCCAGAGAAGUGCCAAGUGCCUUUGUGGUUGCGAGGAUGGUAAAGAAAAAAUUGAAGCGCCGGCUUUCUCUACACUCAAAGCCGCCGCCACCACCUCCGCCCCCGGCCUCAGGAAGCAGGUUUGCCCGCCACCUCCAGCAGCCGCUGCGGACCGCCUCUGGGGACUGGUUAUUUUGUUUCUUUACCCUGUUCCCAAGGAACCCUGAGGGCGCAGCUGCAGGGACAGACUCUCUAAGUUGUACCUUCACUGUCAAGUACAGAUCCUCACCUGGACAGUGCUCAGUGAAUGGAAAGCCUCUCCUUCGUUUUGAUGAUGAAAGACAGAACUCACCUGUGGGUAAACCUGAAAAGAAGGGAAAUGCCACUAAGGUGUGUGCUGAUUUGAACCAAAGCCUGAAAGACAUUUUUCAGAAGAUGAUGAACCUGGAGUCAGGGCUAUGUGAUCUGUCCAAGGGUGAGUAUGAGACAGAAUGCAAAGACAGAGGCUAUAAAUAA